GAUAUUAAUUUUUAAAUUUUUUUUUUUAAAUUUAUUAACGUUUUCUCUUUUAUCGUAAUGUCUUUAAAGCAAAGGUUAAGCUUUAAAAAAAGGAAAAGUGGUCUUGGUGCACAAACCGAGGAAGGUGGUAGUAGUGCAUCAGAAACGACCAAAUAUUUAAACGAUGAGGAGAUAAUACCAGGCCCUCCGGCGGAGGGCGAUAUGCCAACGUUUUUUCACAUCGGCUCAUUGGCCAAGCAAUGCCUGAUAUCUGGCUAUAAAAUUGGCACUUGGCAUAUCGAUUGCACUACUAAUGUUAAAGAUAAAGUUACUUUAUUUAGUUAUGGGUCUGGUAAGCCCGCUUUUCGCAAUGUUUGGGGCGGCGUUGGCAUGCGCCAGAAAUGGGGUAUCUUCGACAUGUUUCAGGUUUGGCAGACCGAUAACAUAAUGGGAGCGGUUGGUGGACGCUCUAAAUUAGUUGGCGGUACGGCGAAUGCUAUGUUGUGGGCCAUAUAUAAUCCACGCGACGGCUCUGGUGUCAAGCUUCAAGUGUAUUCCGGCUACGAGCAUUCGCCUAUCAAGUUUGAUUUGAUUAUUCCAGUUUUGAAUGUUCCAAGAUUUUUGGGCUAUGCGCUUUUACAUAUCGCCAAGAAUUAUCUGUUGGCAUUUCGAAUGGAUUAUAACUUUAGAGAAAGGGCCUUUGAUAAGCAUGCAAUAUGUGGGGGCUAUUAUAAUGGAAGCACCGAAUUGGGCCUUAAGUUCGAGGACUUCAAGGAUUGGCGAGGCUCCAUAUUCCAGAGAUUAGGAAAGCGCUGGGCUGUUGCCUUCAAGGCGGACCUUUACACUGAGCAGCCAAAAAAAUUUGCAGUUGGCGGCCAGUACCAAAUCAAUGAUAACUCGCUGAUUAAGGCAACGGUGCGCGACACUGGUUUUCUGGGUCUAGUCUACCAGUUAAACCUCACAGAAAACAUUGGAAUUACGUAUCACGUGGGCUUAGAGCUCAAAGAUCCUAUCAAGGGGGAGCAUAGAGUUGGUAUUUCGUGUAGUCUAAAGGCUUAAUUUGAAACAUUUUUAUUAAUUUAUACAAGAGAAAAAAUUCAUAUGUUAUCUAAAUGAAGUGUUGUGGAGCUGGAUUAAUUUUUAACCAGAUUUUCCUUGCCCCGUUCGUUGUUCCUCUGUUGAAGCUGAGCAGCACGUUUGGCCAUGCCAUCCUUCACCCAUGGAUGAGUCAUCACCUCCACCAGGCUGAUGCGACCCUGACUCUGUCGACGCAAAAGCUUUUAUGGGAGUGACAGAAUUGUAUAUUAAAGUCUUCGGCAAAAUAAAACAUCUAUAAUUUUUUAAA